AUGGGUAGGAAAACAAACCCGAGACAAGCUCCUCGUAUUCAAAGAGUAAGGGAUAAGGGUAAAGGAAAGGCAGAUCAUAUGGAAGUGAAUGUUAUUGAGAACGGAGAGGAUUUGGGAGGCAGUGGAGAAGAGGGAUAUUAUAGUAGUGACUCAGAAUCGGACGCCUAUACUUCAACUGCUUCAGGGGCUGACUCGGAGAAUGAGUACUUAGGCUAUGAAUCAGACGGUGACGAUACUGUCAUUGAUUAUCCUUAUGAUUUGGAGACAAUAAAGAAAUCCACUCCACUCAGAGGAACUACCAUAAUACAUAAUAGAGCUAUAAAUACUAUAUUCGAUUCAGGUGCUUCAGUAAGUCUGAUCUCAAGAGCCCUGGCAAAAGAAUUAAGAUUAUUGCCAAAUGGUGAUACGAUUACCGUAGCAAGCUUGAACUCGAAGCAAAAUGGCAUGCAAUAUGGUGAGAUUAAAAAGAAAUCUGAUAUCACGGUGAAUGUCCCUGUAAGGAUAGGCGGGAAGCUCCGUCCGGAACACAUGGUGAUUAGCGAUGAAUGUUCAGAUGAUACAUUUUUACUGGGUAUCACUUGGCACAAGACGUAUGGAAUUGUCACUCAUUAUAAGGAUAACAUUUUGGAAGUACCGACAAAAAAUGGAAGAAGCAUAUAUGUACAAGCGUCUAGCACAAUCGAUGGAAUGGGAGAGCAGGCCGGGGUAUAUACUGUUAGCAUUAGAAUGGCGGAGGAAAAAGAAAACAAAGUGUGUGGUGGUGAACGUCUCUUAGACUACGCUGAAGAGAUCUAUUUGAGUGAGGAUGAGAAGGCUGAAGAUCCGGAAAUUAUCAAGAUCCUUGAUUAUGUCAAAAGAGAAUAUAAGGAUUGCUUUGUGGAAAACGCUGGUUUAGGGAAGGUGGACCCAAAGUAUACUCACAAGAUCGAAUUGAUAGACAAAGAUAAGGCGGUCAUGUCAAAACCAUAUACAGUGACUCACAAAAGUGUUACAAUGUUUUACAAAAUCAAACAAAUUUCCAAUUCAAAUCACUAUUGCACCUGA